AUAUAUUUCCAAGAAGAGGGUCUCACAGAUGAGUCAGAAAUUCUCAGAUUCCUACAAAACGGAACUCUUGUUGGCCUUCUACCUGUACCUCAUCCAAUUCUCAUCCGAAAAUACCAGGCAAAUGCUGGGUCUGCAGUCUGGUUCCGCAAUUACUUGUGGGGCGUCAUAUAUCUCAGGGAUUCUUGAUUAUUUAUUGUUUAUAAGUAGGUCUUCAAGUGUAUCAGCAGAUAUUAUAUGA